GGACACAUUCAACUUGGAGCCUGAUUUUCUGAACAGGCCCAUUGGCGUGUGGGAAAGGAGGGAACAUUCCCCCAUUUCUCAUACAGGAAACACGCCCCUGGGCAGGGCUGGGAAAACUGACCAGACUCCCAGGGCUGGAGCCUGACCCCACUGGCCAGAGGCUGCUGUGAAAUACGCAGGGAAGCUGUUAGGAUUCCUGUCCUUGUCCCGGACUCAGAGCUCUGCUUCCCACAUCAGCCUGUGGCUGGCAGGCGUGUGGGAAAUGAGAAGACCCUGCCCUGCUCCGUGUGCUGGGGGGACAAGGAGCUGUCACCUUCUCCCACCCCCUGAAGCCUCCUGAGUGCUCUGAGCAGGGUGGGGGUGGGAUUCUGCUUCUCUGGGCCUCCUCUGCCAUGAUUAGUGGGACUGUGGUUGGGGCAACAAGUGCUUAGUGGGGGACUCUUGUUGUUUCAGAUGCCGGUGACCUUCGAGGAGGUGGCUGUGUAUUUCACCCAGGGGCAGGGGGCUCUGCUGGACCCCGCUCAGAGAGCCCUCUACAGGGACGUCAUGCAGGAGAACUACGAGACGGUGACCUCGCUGGGAUUCCCCGUUCCCAAACCUGACCUGAUCACUCGGCUGGAACGAGGGGAAGAGCCGUGGGUCCUGGAUCUUCAAACCUCUAAGGAAAAGGGGAGCCCAAGAGGCACCCACACAGCAGGUGAUAGGACAGUGAGUGAGAACAAGGAGGAGACUCAGCAGCAGGAAGGUUCUGAGCAAGUGGAACCUCAUGAGAGGUUUUUGAGUAGAGCUGAAGGGAAUUUUUCCCAGUGCUUGGAGCAGGGAAAUGCCUGGGGAGAUCAACAUGGAUCAGACUUGCAGCUGGGAAACUAUCCCAGGAAGGAACUGGAUGAAUUCACUGAAUGUGGCGGAGGAUGGAAGGAUCCCAAGGAAACCACAGGCCUGCAGACAAGUCACAAUGAAGAGAAACCCUACAAAUGCCUUGAGUGUGGGAAAAGAUUUAAUUUCAGUGCAAACCUUCUUACACACUGGAGAACCCACACAGGAGAGAAGCCCUACGAAUGCUUGGACUGUGGGAAGAGCUUCCAUGAGAGGUCAAACUUUAUUACACACCAGAGACUGCACACAGGCGAGAGACCCUAUAAAUGCCUUGAAUGUGGGAAAAGAUUUAGUCAGAGCUCAAAUUUUAUUGUACAUCAGAGAACCCACACAGGAGAGAGACCCUAUGAAUGCCUUGAGUGUGGGAAAAGAUUUAGUCAGAGCUCACAGCUUAUGGCACAUCACAGAACCCACACAGGAGAGAAGCCUUAUAAAUGCUCAGACUGUGGGAAAAGUUUCAGUAGGAAGCUAGUUCUUAUUGUACACCAGAGAGUGCACACAGGAGAGAAACCCCAUAAAUGCCUUGAGUGUGGGAAAAGUUUUAGUCAGAGGUCACAUCUUAUGUCACAUCACAGAACCCACACAGGAGAGAAGCCCUAUACAUGCUUAGACUGUGGGAAAAGCUUCAGCUGGAAGCCAUGCCUUAUUAUACACCAGAGACUGCACACGGGAGAGAGACCCUAUACGUGCCUUGAGUGUGGGAAAAGCUUCAGCAAAAGUUCAUCCCUUACUAAACAUGGAAGAAUUCACACAGGAGAAAAACCCUAUAAAUGCCUGGAGUGUGGGAAAAGUUUCAGUGUGAAAUCAACUCUUAAUACACAUCAGAAAACCCACACAGGAGAGAAACCACAUGAAUGCCUGGAGUGUGGGAAAAGCUUCAUUCAGAAAUCAAAACUUAGUAUACACCAGAGAGUGCACACUGGAGAGAGACCGUAUUAAUGCCUUGACUCUCAGAAAACUUUCAUGAAGCACUCGCAUCUAAUUAAGCAUCAGAGAAUUCACACAAGCGAUAAACCCUAUAAAUGCAUCGACUCUGGGAAAAGCUUCAUUGACAGAUUAAAACUUACUAGUCAUCAGAGAAUCCAUAUGAGAGACCCCAUAAAUGCUUGAACUGUGGGAAAAGCAUACACAAAUCAAAACUUUUUGUACACCAGGGAGUGCACAUAGGAGAGAGACCCUAUAAAUGCCUUGAGUGUGGGAAAACAUUCAGUCGGUGCUUAUACAUUACUAAACAUGGGAGAAUCCAUAUCGGAGAGAUGGAUUAUAAAUGCCUUGACUUUGGGAAAAGCUUCCGUAAGAGCUCAGCGCUGACCAAACAUGAGAGAAUCCACAAGGAUGAGAGACCUAGGAAUAGCUUGACUGCAGGAAAAGAUUCAAUUUGACUUCACACUUCAGUGACCCACACAACAGAGAGACCUUGAAUGUCGGAGAAGCUUCAUUUGGUGCUCCUGGAAUAUCAGGCAUCCACAAAUCCACACAGGGAAGAAACCUGAGAGGUUCUCAGUGUGGGACGUAGUCCAAGUGGAGCUAACAUGUUGAACAUCAGAGAUGGGAAAUUCUUUGAGUGCCCUGACUGGAGCCAGCCAUGGUCACAAACCCAUUU